CUUUGUUAUUUUCCACGACGUGCAUCGAUUUAUGUGACGACUGGUUCGUGCAUUUUCACAGCCUACAGCACUAUCAUUUUUUUUUUCAUUUGGGAGUUUUGCAUGACUGCAUUCUAAGGAGAAAAUAUCAUUACUGUUCAGUCCAAGUGAAAUAGCUUUUGGGAAAAUCUGAUGUUCAAGCUGUUUGUGUUUGACCAUUAAUUAUUGUCACUGCAGUACCCGGUAUUGUCGAAGUCGCACCGCUCACACUUCGGCUCCCCCUCCGCUCCCUUGCGGUAGCGCCUCCGUUGUCCCAGGGCCCACCAUCAUCCACCACCAGCCAGUUGCACUAUCCAGCCUGCGCCAGCCAAGGCCCAAGCCAAAGCCAAGGCUUGCAUCGAAGUCAAGAAUUUGAUCAAAAUGGUACGCUUAACCAUGCGCUUACUCGCCAUGGCGAAGAAGAAUAUGCAGGCUCAGAUGGAAUACUACUCAAAGUUUUCACCAUCUCCACUUUCUAUCAAGCAAUUCAUGGAUUUUGGUCAGAGUAAACAUGUUGACUCUGCCAAGUCAUUUUUAUUCCUGAGACAAGAACUUCCAGUCAGGAUUGCCAACAUCAUGAAAGAGAUCAAUUUACUUCCUGAAAAGCUUUUACAAAUGCCUUCUGUUCGUAUGGUACAAGGAUGGUAUCAACAAACAUUUGAGGAAUUGCUAGAGUAUGUCGAAAAGUCAGAAGAAGAUGAGACAACUUUAUCACACUACAUCAAUCAACUCACUACAAUUAGGAACAGGCACGUCAAUGUUGUUGAGACAAUGGCACAGGGUAUACUAGAAAUGAGAGAAAGUUAUAAGGUAGACCAACAUGAAGAGAAUAAUGUACAGUAUUUCUUGGAUAGAUUCUACAUCUCAAGAAUAAGUAUCAGGAUGCUCAUCAACCAACACACUUUGAUGUUUGGACAUACACCCAAGACGCAUCCACUCCAUGUUGGCAGUAUAGACCCUAGUUGUGACAUUGUAGCUGUAAUCAGGGAUGCAUAUGACAGUGCCAAGUACCUUUGUGAUCAAUAUUAUCUUGCUUCACCUAAUAUUGAUGUGAGGUGGAUUGAUACUCGUGAUGGCAGUGACAGUAUACGUAUGGUGUAUGUUCCUUCCCAUCUCUAUCAUAUCAUGUUUGAAUUAUUAAAGAAUGCAAUGCGUGCAGUGAUGGAGCACAAAGGACCUUCUGCCUCUGAAUACCCUCCUAUAGGAAUCCUGGUUACAAAAGGAAAGGAAGAUGUUACCAUUAAGGUAUCAGAUGAAGGUGGUGGAAUCCCCAAGAGUGAAAUUGAUCUGCUAUUUAACUACAUGUACUCUACUGCCCCUACUCCUCCAAAGCCUGGUGUUAGCACAAUACCACCUCUGGCUGGCUAUGGAUAUGGUCUUCCCCUCUCAAGACUGUAUGCCAAAUAUUUCCAUGGUGAUUUAACACUGAGCUCAAUGGAUGGUUAUGGUACAGAUGCCGUAGUCUAUCUCAAGGUUCUAUCAAGUGAGGCUGCAGAGCUUCUACCUAUCUACAACAGUGCUGUAUCAAGAUACUACAAGACACCUACCCCUGCAAGUGAUUGGAGUACACCAGGUUAUUUCAUAAGGAACUACACCACCAAAAGAUAUGGGAAAUAAAGGACCAUUGAACUAAUGAAGCUCUCAUAGAGCUAUUCCAGACGGAGAGAAUAUAUCUCAUGUCACUAAAGAAACAUUUCUGAGGAUGAAGCAUUAUGACAAGAGAUGAGUUGAUGUUGCCCUUCCCAAGACUUAAGAAACAUGGAUGUAUAAAGUCUAUAAAAGAAUUUUGUACUGCGUAGGGGCCUUGUGAAAAUAGUGUGUGUGAUUGAUCAAAGCUGAAUUAGAAUGCACCUAAUAUGCUGUUGUUACAUUAGCCAUUGCAUGUAAUAUCAAACUCACUUAAUGCAUUCUAUUUUAUCUUCCGUUUUUUUUUGCACUUCUUUCUAUCUAUAUUAAGCAUUGUACAAUCUGGUAUAUUGUAUUUACUAUGAAUUAUUUGCUUUAACUCAUGCAUUAUGAUGAUUGCAUGAUGUUUCUAAUGUUAUGUCUUUAAAUUACAUCUAUGGCUCUUAAUAUAUUUCAUUAUGUGGACUUAGGUAUAUUUUGUUUCUUAUAAAUCAUUCUUUGUUCUUUCCUACCUUUUAAGUGGUUUCAAACCAUCAACCAAUUGAAGAGGAAUCUGUUCUAUCACGAUAUCAAUAUAUCAUUUUUGUUUUUAGAAUAAAUUGGUUUGACCUUAGUCAAUAUUUUGAAAGACUUCAUAGAGCUCAUCAAUUCUGAAAUGUGAUAAAAUGUAUAUAAAAGUGAUUUUAAAAAGUGUUCCUCAAGCCAGCCAAUUCACAUGAUGCACUCUUACACUAUAUAUGGAGACAUCAACUAUGGAACUUUGUAAAUAGCUUUCAUAUAUUUUUUUAUAAAAUUGUAUAUAAGUUAUGUAAUUUAUAUUCAUAAUGUGAUAUGAUUAUCAAUGAUUUAAAGGUCAUUUUUCAAUGUUAUUGCUAUACAUCAGACAUGGUACUAUUCAUGUUUCUAUGCUACUGUAUAACUUUAUGAUGGCCAAAAUCAUGGCUAGUUGCUGUUUGGAUAUCUUGACUUGUUUUAAUCAGUACAUGAGGCUUUUUUGUAUUGUAGUCCUGCAUGUUUAGAACCAGAAAGGUGUAACUCACAUCUGUUGUGAUCAGUGUAGAUCAGUAAUGCUGCAAGGGGUAAUUGAUAUGAACUAUAUACUUUUGUUUAUUGAGUAAUGUAAAGUAGCAAUGGCAGUCUACUCUUCUGCUGUGAUUUUUUUGUUAUAAUUUAUAAUUUCUUUGGUCUUACUUCAAUCAGACAUCACUCAGUCACUGGAUCUAAUAUUUCACUAAUAUAUACACAAUGUAGAAUUCCUUAAUAAUGAUAUUAAAAAUGUGAAAUUAUUUCCAAUAUCAAAAUAACCCCAAAGAUUAUGUUUGAAAUAUAAAAAAAAGCCAGAGGACCAAGCAAUUAUAGAGAAUUGUCCAUUCUAAUAAUAAGUUAUUGAAAGGGUAAAUAAAAUUCUGACAAGUUGGUUUUGAUAUACCGGUAAGCAGGAAAAAAAACAACAACAAAGAAACAGUGAUGUCGGGGUAGAUUUCUUUCCCGUCAAGUAUUUUGACCCUCAGCCUCAAUCAAUUUCCUUUUUAGGUAUCCCUAUUGUGAAUUGUUCCAAUAAACACUCGAUUAUAUACCAUCAAUUUCAAGAGUUUAAAACUACUAUUUUUUUUAAAGAAUUGUUUAAGCCAAUUUUCCCAAAUGCACAAGUUGAACAUACAGUAUAAAAGCAUUCAUUGUCAUACACAAUUUUCUAUUAUAUUACAGGCAUUUUUUUUCAUAUACAAAGUGAUACUAUUUUGUUAUUUUUAGCAGUACAUUCCUGCAAAACCCAAUACGGUCUUAAAAAAAAACCCACAACAACCAAAAACAAUGGUAAACCAGCAUUUUGUAACUCAAAAAUUACAGAUUGAUCAUAGGGAUGAAUUUUUUUGUUGUAUGGUCAUUCACAAAGGAGCAUUAUGUGUUAUCCGCUUAUAUUUGGUUUCUAAGGACCAUACCAUGACAGUGUGCGAUUUAUGAUAGAUGUAUUCAUCUGUUACAUUUAAAUCGCUAUAUCAGUAGGAUAAAUAAAUAGUAUUGCCAACAUUUGUAUGACCAUAUGUAUUCCAGUGAAAUAGCCCAGCAACAGUUCCCAGUAAUAAGUGAAUAUUUGUUCAUUCCUAAAAGAUGGCAGUUGUCAAUAAAAAUAAAGUGAGAGUGGGGAAAAUGCAUUUGAUAUUGCAAAGCACAAUGUGUGGUUAAAUAAACCAGUCUUAUUGUCUUUGAGAAGUAUGUGUAUUGCAAUUCAGAAGCUUGCUAGUCUUCCAGAGUAGGAAUGGGAUUGAAUGCUAGAAAGAAACAGAAUCUUCCAUUUUAGUAUUACUCAAUUGUUGAAUAUAUCAAAAUUUACCAAAAAGAUUGGUAAUAAUACUUAACACAAAAUCAUUACAAUGUGGAUUAUCUAGAGAAUAUGAUUUUCAAACUUUAAUUUUUUUCAGUGUAUUUUUUUUUCCCUUCGAAUUACUAGUAUACCUUGGUUAUUGUUAGACAUACAUGUAUGGUUUGACUUCAAGAUUACUUUACCCAAGUGUUCAAGAAUGGUAUUUAAAUAAGCAACUAGAUGACUCAGUGACUGAUGGCUUUGGGUUCUCUCUGAAGGACUUGCAUGUGGAUAAUGUUAUUUUACUGAAUUGCUUUUACUUUUUCACAUUCUUGUUGUGAAUAUCAAGCAUAUGCCCUUUCUAAGCUUUAUUGAGUUUUGGUAAAGGGAAAAAUCAUUAUUUGUUAUAAGUUGAGUUCACUGAAAUGUAAAACACAGGUUUUGUGAAAUUUGCCAUCUAAAGUUUGAUAUUUGGGGUUGAAAUUUAAGGUCCCUGAAAAAGCAUUGGAUUGGGGGUGAAUUUUAGAAUACAAUCUAUGUAUACUUUUAUGUAGUUUUCUAAUGUACAAUUACUAAAUUUGUGUGGUCAUUGAUGCAUUAAUGAAGAUUUUUUUUUGUUCAUUCACAGAAAAAUCUCAAUUUUUUUAGAAGAUUAGGCAUUAAAAAAAAAAUGGCAAUGCUCAUGACACUUUUAAAAUUGAAAUUUAAGAAUUACAACUCAAUAUAGUUCAUAUCAUUGAUAUGUUACCAAAAGCUUUAGACAGGCUUUUAGCAAAAAUUUCAUUUAAUUGAAAAUGAAAUUGCCCCUCCUUCAAUGUGGCGACCUUUAUCUUUGUUUAUUAUAAACAUAUUCAGAAUUGUCCUGUCUCCCCCCCCCCCCACCCCCAUUGAAGUAAUAAUAUUUUGAUUCAAUUGUGAAAGAAUUUUUUCUUAAAAAGUGGAACUAAAAAGCAGUUGGUGUACUCCCGCACUCAUGAAAUUGUGGAUUUAAUCCGAGGGUGAGUCCACUGCUCAAUAACAUAUAGUACCUCUUCAAAGAAAGUUGAAGGUAAUUUGAAAAUAAAAUUUGACUUCUUGAUGUAAAAUAUAUCUGUAACACAAACAUUGCUCUGGUGUUUAAGAUAUUGUAUGAAAGGAAAUAUUGCCAUGUAUGAGAAGUUAAAAGUAUGCUCAUUAUAAGAUUACAAUCUUAUAGAUUUCAAAUUUUAUAUUGUUUAUUGUAUUGUAGGCUACAAAUGAAAUAAUGUUUGAAAAUCUCCAUUUAGAAACUAGUAUUAAAGUUUGAGUUUGAUACAAGAAUUAGUCAAUCUGUCUACUUCCAAGUUAAAACUAUAAAUUGCUAUUCCCUUUUUUUGUGCACACAGUUUCUUUUAUAUUUGCUUGAAAAUUUAUUUUAAUUUCCCAAGAAUGCAUAACAUCUGAGCCAUUUACCUCAUCACAAAAUGCUGAUCCAAGAUAUAUUAUCCCUUACAUGUUUUUUUCUUCUCAAGAAUUCAGCAUGAUAUUACAGAUUUAUGAAAAUUUUUGAUGGUACAACAGAUAUAUUCAUAUUUGACGAGGUUAAAUGGUUAUAGAUAUGUAAAGAAAUUUGAUAUAAACAUAGAAUCCUGUUUCAAAGUUAUCUUCUUCACCUGUGGUUCAGCUAGUACAAAAUCUACGUGUGGUUCUGUAAACUUCAGAAUUACUGUAAUGUUUUUUUUUUAAUGAACGAUAUGUUACCAAUGUACUUUGGUGAAAUACUAAACUCUAUUUGUUAAUGGUAUACAUUAAUUGAGAUAGUGAAAAUCUGUGAAUAAAGCUGCAAUAA